GCUCCUCACCGGCCUCGGCGUCGUCGCCUCUCACCCACCCACCCGUCCGCCACCCACCUCUUUGCCCCCCUCGCGAAUCGGAGACCACGUACACUACCCCGCCCGCCCCCGGGCAAGCGAAAGCUAAGAGCGGAACAAGUUUCUGCGACGGAGAGGAGGACUGGAUCGCGGGGCCAUGUCGCUCGACGAGGUCGCCGACAAGGAGGCGUCAUCCCCCGAGGAAAUUCAGCUUGUGCAGUCGGAUGCCAAGUUCCGGAGCUUCAGCCCGCCGCCGAUUCCGAUCCCAGCUGCUCCGAGCAUCGGAUCAUUGGUCGACUCGGUUUCUGAUGAGAGAUUAGAUGUCAUGGCCUCACAUCAAAGUGAAAAUGGAUCCAUCUCUACAGCUAGUUCUACUGUUAGUUCACUAGAAUCAGAGAAAGCUGCCUAUGAAUUUCUUGCUCAAACUCCUAUCAAGUCAACUGAUGCACACCUUGUUGAGUUUUCAGAGGCUAUGAGAACUGUUGCGAAAGCCUUACGACGAGUGGCUGAAGGCAAGGCUGCUGCUCAAGCAGAGGCGGCAGAGUGGAAACGCAAGUAUGAAUUAGAGAUGGCGCACAAGCAACAGAAUAAAAUCAAAGGCUGUGGCAGUUGUAUCAGUUGUAUCAGUAAUGACUUAGACAAACUGGCCAGUCAACUAACCCUGGACACAGCUGCAUCUGAUCAAUUAGGAUGUUGUGGAAAACAUGGUAUAUGUUCACAUGAGGUUCUCCAGGAUGAAGUUCCUGGACCUAUCCAAAGACCUAAUCACAAGAUGGUUGGGAGAAAGGCAUCAUUUAAACUUUCAUGGGGAUGUAAUGGGGAUAAAAAUGGCCAGCAUAAGCAUGAUUUUGUGUCCUUUGAAAAAGGUGAUAUAACAACAGCAGAACGGAGCAAUAAGCAGAUCUUACUGAAAUGGGAAUCACAACCACAAACAGUGCUUUUUAUAACUAAACCUAAUUCCAACUCUGUGCGUGUUCUUUGUGCAGAAAUGGUCAGAUGGCUUAAGGAGCAUAAAAAUAUAAAUGUCUUUGUUGAGCCACGUGUUAGCAAGGAGCUUCUAACAGAGGAUUCCUCCUACAAUUUCAUCCAAACAUGGGAUAAUGACGAGGAGAUAAAGCUGCUGCACACGAAGGUUGAUCUCAUUGUAACUCUUGGAGGUGAUGGAACUGUUCUGUGGGCUGCAUCAUUGUUCAAAGGACCAGUUCCUCCAGUUGUUGCAUUCUCCCUUGGAUCACUGGGCUUCAUGACGCCUUUCCCGAGCGAGCAAUACCGUGAUUGCUUGGACAAUGUGCUGAACGGACCAUUUAGCAUCACACUGAGAAACCGUCUGCAGUGUCAUGUAAUCCGUGAUGCAGCAAAGGAUGAACUCGUGACUGAGGAGCCAAUCUUAGUGUUAAACGAAGUUACAAUCGACCGAGGAAUAUCAUCUUACCUUACCUACCUGGAAUGCUACUGUGACAGUUCUUUUGUUACUUGCGUACAAGGAGAUGGACUAAUCAUAUCAACUACAUCAGGAAGCACAGCAUAUUCACUAGCAGCUGGAGGAUCCAUGGUCCAUCCGCAGGUCCCAGGGAUCCUUUUCACCCCAAUCUGCCCGCAUUCCUUGUCAUUCAGACCUUUGAUACUGCCUGAAUACGUGACUCUGCGCGUUCAAGUGCCUUACAAUAGCAGGGGGUCUGCCUGGGCAUCUUUCGACGGCAAAGAUCGAAAGCAGCUAUCACCUGGCGACGCUCUGAUCUGCAGCAUAUCUCCUUGGCCUGUGCCCACAGCCUGCCUGGUGGACUCGACGACCGAUUUCCUCCGCAGCAUCCAUGAGGGCCUCCACUGGAACUUGAGGAAAUCCCAGUCAUUUGACGGCCCGCGUGAUUGAUGCAACAGUUUUUGCAGUUAUAUCAGUCCAGUGCCAGAAUUCUAAGCUGGGUAAGGCACUGAUGGGUGUGUUCUCUCAGAACAGAAGCAUUUCCUCCAAGUGCAGCUAACAGCGAGGCGAGAGGAUAAUUGUACCUACGCGACGCGAGUGUGUUCUCCUUUACCAUUACAUAAAAAUAUAGAAGGUUGCAUACAUGUAGAGAGUAUAGUGCAGAAUCCAAAUAUACUACUGGCCACAUGAGUGUGUGCAGAGGCAUUUGAACUUGAUAACGGCACAUGUGGUGGAUGAUACCAAAUACAUUGAUCUGGAUAAAGUAUGGGGAUGGCAGCCACUCAAAAAUGUAGAGCACGCCCCCAAUGUAUGUAUGUAUACAUGUGGUAUGCCCCCACGAUGGAAAUGAAAUAAUUUGUGUGAGCCAUAUCUGAAA